GUCAACUAAUGAUAGCUAAGUAAUUCUAUAAGACUUAGCAUUCUGAUAGGAAACUUGAGUUGAUUGUUCACUUUCCCCUUUAACAUGCUUCCUACAGCCAAAUGUUCUUCUGGGGUUCAAAUGCUCACUCUUUUGUUGGAAGUAAAUGUUCUGUUAAUGCCAAAUUAUCAUUGACCAUUUGCUAUUUCUGCUUUCUGCUCACUUGCUUUUGUAGAUUAUCAAGAUGAUGGGGAAGAGAUUUUGUGGACUUGUUUAUGCGGUGUUGUAUGGUUACUUGGUGCUUUUUGCAGUUGCUGAGAUUACAGAUCCUUCAGAAGUCAGCGCAUUGGUGGCAGUCAUGAGCAGAUUAAUUGAUCCUAUGAACAAUCUCGGAAACUGGAAAGAGGGAGAUCCAUGCCUAUUAAAAUGGACUGGAGUUUUAUGUUUUGACACAAUUGAUGAGACUGAUGGUUACUUGCAUGUUCAGGAUCUGCAUCUGCUGAACAUGAAUCUUUCGGGAAGUUUAGCGCCUGAGCUUGGCCAACUAUCUCGUCUUCGAAUAUUGGAUUUCAUGUGGAAUGAUCUGACAGGAAGCAUACCAAAGGAGAUAGGGAAUAUAUCAUCUUUAGUACUCUUACUCUUGAAUGGAAACAGAUUAUCAGGAUCUUUACCGGAAGAGCUAGGCAAGCUUUCAAACUUGAAUAGACUCCAAGUAGACGAGAACAAUAUCUCGGGCACUAUACCAAAAUCAUUCGCUAACCUGACCAGUGUGAGACACUUUCACUUGAACAACAAUUCAAUUGUUGGUCAACUUCCACCUGAGCUUUCCAAUUUAUCCACACUUCUUCACUUGCUUGUGGAUAAUAAUAACUUGACUGGAUAUCUCCCACCAGAAUACUCAGAGUUGCCAGCAUUGCACAUACUUCAACUUGAUAACAAUAACUUUAGUGGGACAGAAAUUCCAGCCACUUAUGGAAACUUUUCCAGCUUAGUUAAAUUAAGUCUAAGACAUUGUAGCUUGCAGGGAGCCGUUCCUGAUCUUAGCAGGAUUCCAAGGCUUUACUAUCUGGAUCUUAGCGGGAAUCAGCUCACUGGACCCAUACCAUCAAAUAAGCUUUCUGAUGAUAUGACAACCAUUGAUCUGUCGGAAAACAGUCUUAAUGGAUCCAUCCCAGCAAGUUUCUCAGAUCUUCCUUCUCUUCAGAGACUGUCACUUGAUAACAAUUUUUUGGAUGGUUCUAUCCCGGCUAGCAUAUGGCAGAACAUGUCCUUGAGUUCAAGUGCUAGACUGUCACUUGAUCUGAGGAACAAUAAUUUCUCAAGCGUUUUAGGAGAUCUAGAUCCUCCAAACAAUGUCACACUAAGGCUCGGCGGCAAUCCUAUCUGCACAAGUGCAAACAUACCAAACAUAGACCAAUUCUGUGAUUCUGAACCAGAAGACGAUGAGACAAUUACAAAUUCCACCAAUUCAAAAUGUCCUAUUCACUCAUGUCCUACAGAUAAUUUCUACGAAUAUGUCCCAGCAUCUGGGGAUUUAUGUAGCUGUGCAGCACCUCUGAGAAUUGCAUACCGGCUGAAAAGUCCUAGUUUCUCUUAUUUCGAUCCAUAUGCCAACCUUUUUGAAGCAUACGUGACUAGUUCUCUCAACUUGAGCAUUUAUCAAAUAUCAGUUGAUUCAAUUGCUUGGGAGAAAGGACCUCGUCUAAGGAUGUAUUUGAAGCUGUUUCCUCAUGCCAACUCAAGUACGUUUAAUACAAGUGAGGUGCAGCGAAUUAGAGACAUAUUUACAUCCUGGAAAUUUCCUGGUGAUGACCUAUUUGGACCUUAUGAGCUGCUCAACUUCACUCUCCUGGGACCUUAUGCCAGUUUAAAUCCUGAGACUCAAAGGACAGGUAUUAGUAAAGGUGUUUUGGCAGCAAUUGUAGUAGCAGCCAUUGCCAGUGCUGUGGUAAUAUCUGCAGCUGUAACAUUUCUGAUGACAAGAAGACAUGCCAGAAAUCAGCAAAAGAUUUAA